AUGGUCUUGCAUAUAUCCGCAUAUACUAACAUUCCAAAGAAGAUAUUUCUAGAAAUGAUCGAGUUUUAUUUCGAUUCGAGUUACUUCAGUUUUGGAGGUAACAUAUAUUUACAGCUAGACGGAAGUGCCACGGGCAACCCUCUUAGCCCAAUUCUAGCAGAGAUAGCAAUGGAUGAGUUGGGGUCUUCGGUGUUGACGAACUUACCUUUUGUUCUUCCCUUCUUCUGGUUAUACGUGGAUGAUUCGAUCACAGCAGUGCCCGAGGACGAAUUCGAUACCAUCCUAGAUUACUUCAAUGCAUUCAACCCAAAACUUCAGUUUACCAUGGAGACGGAAAGAGAUAAUAAACUGGCCUUUCUAGAUGUUGAAGUACAUAGAAAAGAGUGUGGAACCCUACUUACGAAUUGGUUCACCAAGCCAACUAGCUCGGGCAGAAUUAUAAACCACCACUCCUACAACCCUAUUGGCCAUAAGUUGAGUACUGUUAAGGGUUUACUUCACAGAGUGAUGAACCUCAGUCACCAUACCUUUCAUGACUCCAAUUUGAGAACUAUUAAAAACAUUCUCAAGGUGAACAAUUACCCGAAUACUUUCGUGAAUAAAUGCAUAAAUUCUUACCUCAGACAACAUAGGGCCUUAAACAAUUCAGAAAAGCCUCUGUGUAAGUUAUAUAAGUUUCCUUUCAUUGAUGGGCUAUCACAGAGAAUAAGUACAGUGUUUGACAGCAAUACCAAAUUGGCCUUUUACAAUGUCAGAUCCAACAAGUGUUUAUACACGCGUUUGAAAGAUCCCACACCGUUACUAUCGUUGUCAGACGUAAUAUAUAAGAUACCAUGUUCUUGUGGGAAAUCAUAUAUUGGCCAGACCAAACAGUACCUAAAGUCACGGAUAAGCCAACAUACCAACGAUUGUAAAAACCAGAAUCAGAAUAAACCAAACAAAACAGCGUUAGCUUCACACCAUUUUGAAACUGGACACUCUUUUAUAUUCGAAGAUGUCACAGUGUUAGAUCGGGAGGCCAAUUGGUUUAAACGCAACGUGGGGGAGAUGAUCCAAAUAAACUUGGCCGACACUGUCAACCUAAGAAGUGACAGCGCUAAUCAUAGCAUUAUAUAUAGCAACAUACUAAAUAUGUACGCCCGACAAAAUAUUAAAUUCAGGUAA